AUGUCAAACUGCAAGAAAAAGGUGGACGAGGUGAAGGAACUCCUUUAUUCACACACUGGAGCUGAUAUACAAGAAAUCAGAGACUUCUAUGACUCAUGGUGUGAGAGCUACGAAGAGGGUUUUGGGAUGCUGGACUUCAUGGCUCCUAAGCUGGGGGCCGAUUCUGUGGAUGAAAACUUCUCUGGGAACCGUGAGGAUGCUCAGGUGCUGGAUGUCGCCUGUGGAACGGGAUGGGUCGCCAAACUGUUGACUAAAGCGGGCUUCAAGAACAUCACAGGUGUGGACGGCAGUAAAGGGAUGCUGGAGCUAGCUGCUAAGACCGGCCUCUACAAGGACCUGAAACAGGUUUUACUGGGAACACAACCACUGCCUGUACAGAGCGAUGCAUUUGAUGUGGUGGUGCAGGUUGGUGCUCUGGGUCCUGGAUUCAUCCCAGCCAGCGUUUUGAAGGAGCUCUGCCAUGCCGCUAAACCAGGAGGGUUGGUGUGUCUUGUGAAAGGUGAACACCGAGGAGAAGAGAACGACAGAUUCAACCGUGAGCUGCGCUCAGAGCUGCAGCGAUUGGAGGACGAGGGGCUGUGGAGUCAGUUGAGAAUCAAAUUUGUGGACAGGUACAUGAAAGACACACACCCAGACAAUCGUGGAGACCAGCAGAGGGAGCAGUUUAUCCCUGGUACAGUUUAUCUAUACAAGAAGUCCAUCUAAUCCAGGGGUGCCCAAACGCUGCUGUAGUUUUUAGUUUCAUCACUCAGCAGUGCUGAUGUGUUAACUCUGUAAAUAAACAUUUUUACAGGAAGAAUUUGUUUUAGGCUCCUUUAAAAGGUCAGGUUUACAAAACAUAUCACUAUAUUCAUCUUUAAUCAUCAACACUCCUGUAAAGUUUGGCACUUUCCUCUUGAUUUGUGUCUAAAUGUUGAGAUGAUCAUUCCCUCCAUUUACAUGAGUCCAGUUGAAGUCUGAUAAUCGGUGGGGGUACCAAAGUAUAAUUUAUUUUGAAAGGGCAUUUACCGAUACGGAAAUCAAGAAAACGGCCAACUUCACUCAUUAUUUGAUCUGGCGGUGAUUUGAAACGUGCUCAUCUGACCGGUCUGUUUCAUUUCAAGACAGUCAGGACCUCUCACAUCCAAAAUAAGGACAUGUUAUAAUCAACUUGAAAAUAUGAAUCAAUGAAAGGACUACUAUAUUAG